AUGGUAGCGCUUAUCCGCGGUAAGAAUUGGGGCCUCUCGGUGGAUGGUUUCCCCGCAGUCGCUGCAGCUGUUCAACAGCUUCCCCACACUUCGGAGCUUCCUCAAUUCAUCCUUCUCGCUUUCCAAAAUCAUUUCCUCUUGGGAUAUUCCGCUAGUUCUCUAUAUCUUUGGAAAGAGACUCAAUUUUACGACUCGAAGAUGCCACCGCGCCUGCCUCUUUCACAUACAUUGCGACAGCCCUCGGUCUUGUCGGUUCGCGUCAGAGUCACAAGAUUUAGCACCAGUGCGGAUGAUGCCGUGAUACAGACCCAGCAGAUCCCUGCGCCGGGCUCCGGGAAUAUUCGAGUCCUGCUGCUGAACAGACCCAAAGCCAGAAACGCAAUUUCCAAGAAUCUUUUGGACGGUCUGUCUAAGCAUGUCCAGUCCAUAUCCGCGGAGGGAGGCAACGGUCCUACACGGGCCUUGGUCAUUGCCAGCAAUGUGGAUUCGGCCUUUUGUGCGGGCGCAGACCUGAAAGAGCGAGUAAACAUGACCAAGCAGGAGUGA